CGGCCCCCAUUACCCGAGCCGCUUAUUCUCACGCGGGUCGCCUACAACUUGAAACUUCAAACACCGCCACAGACACAAACGCGCACACGCCUUGGAAGGAGUGCAAAGCCAGCGUGCGGAGGCUGAAGUGGCCAGGAUGGACACUCGAAGCGGAGCUACCGAGUGCUCCGACCAAGAAGAGUGCAUCUCCAGCCAGCCGGCAACCGGCAGCCCGAGCGUCCUCCUCCAAAGUGCAGGCCAGCACGCCUCGCCGGAAACUGAUCGAGAAGUAGACGUCCAAAUAAACACGCCUCAAAGUAAUAUCGUCCGUGACGUCAUCGUGGACGCCACCUCGGGCGGAGACAAUUUGCCGCGGGUUCCUCUCCCGCCCUCGGUGCCCACCAAUCAGAAACGGCUGCCCUCCGGUGAGAGCCACGCCCACUUCAAGACAAACGCUGCCCUCAUUGAAGAAGUGGCGGGAGAAGACUGCUGCGUUGGCUGCCUGCUGGCUUGUCUAUUCUGCGAGCUUCCGUCCAUGUGUUGGGCGGCGGAGAGGUGCGUGACAUGCGGAGGGGGCUGGUCCGGUUGCUGCUGGUUUUUGGACACCUGCUGCUGGUGCUGCUGCUGCUGCUGCUGUUGUUGGGACGAUGGGUGCGCAGCCCCGCUGGACUGCGGGAUAGUGGAGGAGUGCUGCAGCUCCACAGACUGUUUGGAGAUUUGCUUGGAGUGUUGCGCCAUAUGUUUCCCCUCUUAGGGUGGCCAAUCCCGGAAGGACGACAAGAUGAUGUCACUCCAAAAUUCACACCGAGUCUUGGUUCCUCAUCGGACUGAGAAUGGGAACUUUGCUAGGACUCGUGGAGCGUGUCGUGACACAGGCCGCAUUGCAAUUCAUUAAUUACAUGCAAUUAUAUGCACUCAUUUAUUUAAGGGUGGGUAAUAUGUCUGCUUCAAAGUCCAGAGGCUCCGGGUUUAAAAAAAAAAAAAAGAAUGUGUGCCCUUGUGUCCAAGUUUUGUGGAAUCGCACGUCAACUCGUGUGUUGCGGGCCGCCCUGAACAGGAAAUUUGGGAAUGGUUGUCCGUUUUCGGAACAUCCAAACAGGAAACGGGAAGUUACUGAAAAGACAACGUGAGCUGAACUUUGAGCCCUGACAGCCAACAUCAAAGACAUUGGCACAUAUUCAGGCGCAAGUUCUGACAACGACACGCGUGGGAUUCUUAACGCCCUCUGGUGGUGGUGAGUGGAACAUUUACAACAUUUACCUCCUGUUAUUUUAAACUUGAGAAAAAAAAAUGAUGUAACCUCUGUGGUUGUUAUUUUCUUUCCCCCCCUUCCCACCUAUUUUUUUCAAAACAUGGCAUGCAACAAUGAGUAACAAACCGGGGGGGGGGGGCGCAUUUUAAGGGCCUCACGACUCAAUAGUACUUGAGAGAAAAAUACUUUCUUCUCACUUUAUUUCUAUAUAGUUUCUAUAUAGAGAUAUGAUACAAUGUUACAUGAUUGUAAACAACAACAAAGACGACUCCCUUUAUGAUCCAGACAGCUAAACGUCCGUUGCUAUGAUAAACAGAUAACGUUCACUGUUAAGAAAAAAAAAAAGAGAAAAAAAAUCAUGAAAAUUUUAAACUGCUCAACAGGGACAAUGCUUACGGACGUGUUUGUCAGCAGCAGCUAGCUAGCUAGCAUCGGCACACGCGAACGCGCGUUCCUUUCUGGCAGCUAAAUGCUAGCGCUUGCUAUCACACAGGAUGGCAUUUGGUCCCCAAAGCGUUUGUACCAGCAAAAGAUUGGUAAAGGGAAACAAACAAAACAAAAAUCAAGAGGAAUGACAGAAAAACUAUUUGGAGUUGCAUUCUCAGGACCAAUCAGAAAACGGGACACGUACGUACGACAUUCAUAUCCACAUGCUCGCCACAGAAGUCCACCAUUUAGAAAAUUGUUAUAAAAAAAUGAUAUAUCCAAUUCUAUAUCUCAUAAAAACAUUUUUUUGCACAAUUCAUUUUGGCACUGACCUCCAUGUGGUAGCUGAUAACGUUUACGGGUAAAAUCCACGCCAGCAGAAACAACCAUGCUCGCGUGGCUGGUUAGCAUCUGCAUGCUAACGGAGCUAGCUGUAGCUAUGACAAUGUUUGAUAUAUAUACAGAGAGAGAGAGCGAGAGAGGGCGGAUGGUUGACGGCGUGGUUACCGUGGUGACGGAGA